AAGAGCGCCAUUCAAACUCCACACCACAGCAAAGGGAGCAGCAGCGGCGCCUCCGCCACGCACAUCAGCACCAUGAGGGGUGAACGCGCGCGUGCACAAAGACAACCCGCUUCUCUGAGCGCGUAUCAUCAGCGUCACGCACGCGCGUAGUGGAUGACUUUAUGUCAUUAUUAUUUAAAAAAAAAAAUCUUUGUUCAGACGUAUGAACUAUGGCGCGCGGUAUUUAGAUCGGGGUGAAAUACGUUUUUUUUUUUUUUUUUUUUACAGCGUUUAAGUGUUUUAAGCACCGAACUUCAAACUCUGGACAGCGACCGCGAACUUUUCCGCUUCAUUUUAUAUUCCAAUUGAAGUUUAAAAACAUGGACCGCACGUGGAUUUUGCUCGUUAUGUCGAUCGGCAUCUCGCUCGGGCACAUGUGUGACUGCUGGAAGGCUCGCGCAGGUGGCCGAGACCGGAGAGACGCAGCCGCCGCCUCCGCACGCGCCGUUUUCGAGCAGCUGCAAGGAGCAAGGAGCUUGAACCGAGCUCCUUUAGAUCCGGGGCCCGUAAGAUACCACCCACACGACUCUGACACCGGGCCGGUGGCUCGUGCUUCUUUACAGGAUGAAGACACCGUAGAAGCACGGGAGAAAUCCGGGAGAAUCCCGAGACAAGCUGGAAACAGAGCGCGAAGCAUCAGCACAGCCAACACACCUGAGCGCGCGGACAACAAACCUUCUCAUCCAAAGCGCCUGGUUGGGCCACAUGUGUGUGGGGGUCAGCAGUGCUGUUCAGGAUGGGCUGUUGCACCUGGAACAAACCGCUGCAUCAAACCGGAUUGCCAGCCCCCGUGUCAAAACCGCGGCUCAUGUAGUCGCCCACACACCUGCGUGUGCCGCUCAGGCUAUCAGGGACCACGCUGUGAAGAGGUUGCGCCUGAGCAGGUUUACAUCCACACCGGCUCAUCCAGAGUACUGAUACCCAUCCAGCCUGGAACAGACACCAAGCAGCAUCAGUCUGCCCGCAGGAAACCCACUGAGAGACAAGCCAGUGAAAGCAAUCCCAAAACUCAAACACCGAAGCCGCCAACUGGCAGAGUGGCCCAUUCAUCUGGAACCCAGGUUAGACGUGGUUCUCCUGAGGUCUCGCUGCAGCAGCCUGAUGCAGGACAGUCUCAUGUCUCCAGGACUGUCAAGCGUUAUCCUUCAUCAACAGAACCCAUAACCUCAAAUGCUCUGCCCAGUGCAAACGGACACAACCAUGGACACACACGCACUCAACAUGUUGCCUACUCUAAUGGCCAGCCGCAUGCUUCCAGCAACCAAGUGGCUACAGCAGGAGCAAACCUUACAGCAAACGUGGACCGAAUCAAGAUCGUCUUUACGCCCAUGGUGUGUAGAAGGAUCUGCCAUGGGAGUCAAUGCUAUAAUAACUGUGAGCGUGGAGAUAAGACCACGGUGUACAGCGAGAACCAGGGCCCACCGUCUAAGACCCAUGGCUUCAGACUCUUUUUCUGUCAGAUUCCAUGCUUGAAUGGAGGACGGUGUAUUGGGCAAAAUGAAUGCUGGUGCCCAUCAAACUCCACAGGAAAGUUCUGUCACCUUCCAGCUCAGAAUCCCAGCAAACCCUCUAAUGGCCGACAAGCCAAUGGCAACGGAAUGCAGGACGGCGCAGCUCACUCAGUCUACACCCUGCCCCUGUCCAACCAGCAAGCCUCUCUUUUACCCUCGCUGGUGAAGGUACAUGUUCAGCACCCACCAGAAGCUGAGGUUCAGAUCCACCAGGUUGCACGGGUCAAACAGGGCCAAACAGCUGAAACUGGUCACUCAGUACAACAACGCUCUCAGCCUGGCAAUAAUAAUAUCAAUGGCUAUGGGAAUGGCAACCGGCAGAACAGCGUGCACAGCACUGGUCAGAACCAUGGGCAGAACCACCACAGGCCAAAUACCAGGCUUAAUGGACAUGUUGGAAGGUGUUUCCAAGAAACAGUUGAUGGAAAGUGUGGGAAGCCUCUGCCAGGUUUUACCAGGCAGGAAGAUUGCUGUGGCAGUGUGGGAGCUUCAUGGGGUUUGCACAAAUGCACCGAGUGUCCCAGCAAACCAGCGUAUGCAGUGAUUGCAAAUGGCCUAGUGGAAUGCCCUAAAGGCUAUAAAAGAAUGAAUUCAACUCAUUGUCAAGAUAUCAACGAGUGUCUGUUUCCUGGAGUGUGCAAACAUGCUGAGUGUCUGAACACCAAAGGCAGCUACAGGUGCACUUGUAAGCCUGGAUACAUGCUGGACGCUGCGCGCAGUCAGUGUGUCUCCGAUAAAGCGGUGUCAGUGGAGCAAGCCUCGUGCUACCGUUCCAUAUUACCAGGCUCAUGUAGCCAUCCACUGGCCCAGAAAAUCACCAAGCAAAUCUGCUGUUGCAGCCGUGUGGGAAAGGCCUGGGGCUCGGCCUGUGAGAGGUGCCCAUUACCUGACACAGAUCACUUUAAGGAGAUCUGUCCAGCAGGCCAUGGCUACACCUAUUCUCGGUCAGACGUCCAGAUCACACUCCGUGAGCUAGAGGGAGACGAGCUCACAGAAGUCGACUCUUUCCUUUCUCAGAACCCCACAUACCCCGAGCCUCCUCGGACCAUGCCAGAGACACCUCAUCACCAACCACGUCCACCUGUUUACCCAGAGAGCCCGUAUCACGAGCCCUCAGUGCCAUCUUACCCUCAAACACCCGCUAGGCCUCAGCCACCCUGGACUGGAAACACGCCUCUUCAGCCUCCUCCUGUCUCCUUACCUGAAGGUGGCGAAACAGCGAAUGAGCCAAUUAAUACACCUCCUUUAUACCCAGGUGUAGUAGAGGUCACCUCUAAAUCUCCCACCUAUGUGAUGCCAGACUUGGGGGAUCGCGACACAGCACCGAUUAACGUUGCCACUCAGGUUACAGACAUCGACAAGUGUUCGUUGACUCCGGCAAUCUGUGGUCCAGGCCAGUGUGUGUCAGUGCAGACAGGUUACACCUGCUACUGUGACCCAGGCUACACUCUUAACGCUCUACAGACCACCUGCAUUGAUGUAAAUGAAUGUGAGAAUGACCCAUGCAGAGGAAAGGGCCACUGUGUGAACACUUUUGGCUCCUACACCUGCCAGUGCUUCCCGGGCUUCAGCCUGCUCAUGACGCAAAACAGAAAACUGUGUCAAGAUAUAAAUGAGUGUACAAUGCCUAACAAAUGUCCCAAUGGCCGCUGUAUCAACACUGAAGGAUCCUUUAUGUGCGAAUGCAGAAGUGGCUUCACCAAAAACCAGAGAGGAGAGUGUGAAGAUAUAGAUGAGUGCAGGAGCCCCGGUGUCUGCCCCAGUGGUAAAUGUGUGAACACACACGGCUCGUUCAAGUGCCAAGCAUGUGGCCCUGGAUUCAGGCCUGACUCUGGGAGAUGUCUGGACAUUAAUGAGUGUCAGAUGGCAGCUGUGUGUACUAAUGGUCAGUGUGUGAACACAGAGGGCUCCUUCACUUGUACAUGCAACCAUGGAUACCAAACAACUCCUGACAAUAAAAGCUGCCAAGAUGUGGACGAGUGUCUGCUCCGAGACGUCUGUGCUCAUGGAACAUGCUUUAAUGUUCCGGGUUCACACAGGUGCAGCUGUAACACAGGUUACCAGAGCAGCCCUGAUGGCAAAGCUUGUGUGGAUGUUGAUGAAUGCUCUGAGCCCAGCCUGUGUAUGCGAGGUGUGUGUGUUAACACUGUUGGCUCCUUCACCUGUACCCAAUGUGAGGUUGGAUACGCUCUCUCCGAGGACAGACAGAGGUGUGAGGAUAUAGAUGAGUGUCUCUCCUUGACGUGCCCGAACGGCAUCUGUCUAAACUCAGAGGGCUCCUACUCCUGUGAAAAUUGUCCCACUGGUUUCACUGUUUCACCAAAUGGAGAGCUGUGUAAAGAUAUUGAUGAAUGCGAGUCUCCAGACAUUUGCCCACUGUCUGCUUGUACAAACUCAGAGGGUUCGUAUUCCUGCAGGACCUGUGAGUCCGGAUACAAGGUCUCCUCAGCCCGCACAUGUGAAGAUAUCGACGAAUGUGAAGACAUGGCAGCGUGUCUGAAUGGACGGUGUACAAACACAGAUGGCUCCUACCACUGUGAUUGUACUCCAGGCUAUGAGCUGCUUAACUCUGUCUGCAAAGAUAUUGACGAGUGUGACGACGAGAUGAUCUGCGGCAAGCAUGGCUACUGUGACAACACAGACGGCUCCUAUUAUUGUCAGUGUGACCAAGGAUAUAUCAGUACACCUGAGGGCACAGAUUGCGUUGAUGCAGAUGAAUGUGAACUAAGUAGUGAGUUGUGUGGUGAGGCUCACUGUGAGAAUGUAGAAGGAAGCUUUCUGUGCCUGUGCCCUACUGAUGAUGAGGAAUUUGACCCCAGUACCACACAGUGCAAACCCCGCCAUGAUCACGAACACAUGAUCAUACCAGAUGACGAACAGAGGAAGGAUUGCUACUACAACCUAAACGGUGCCAACUUCUGUGAAAAUGUGCUCUCCAGAAAUGUCACCAAGCCGGAAUGCUGCUGCACCGUGGGAGCAGGUUGGGGAGACAACUGCAAUAUACACCCAUGCCCACAAAGUGGUCAAGUGGAAUAUUCUGAGCUGUGUCCUCAUGGUGCUGGCAUUCUUCCCAUCAUCACUUCAGUCCAAGGCAUCAGUCAGCUCCUGACUAGAGAUGCAGAUGAGUGUGAAAUGUUUGGUCCAGAAAUUUGUAAAAACGGUUAUUGUGAAAACGCCUACGCCUCGUACAACUGCUACUGCCAUAGCGGAUAUUACUAUGACAACUUCCGUAUGGAGUGUGUUGAUGACGAUGAAUGUAAGGAGGUGAAUCUGUGUGAACAUGGAGAGUGUGUGAACACUCCUGGCUCCUUUAACUGCUUCUGCACUCCUCCACUAAUCCUGGAUGACACACAGCGUCGCUGCAUCUCUGCCAACAGCACUGAGGGUUCUUUCCUUGAUGAGGACUUUAUUCACACAGACAUCUGCUGGCGGGACCUUAAACCUGAUACCACAUGCAUUAAUCCAAUGCUUGGUAUUUCAACUACCUACACUGAGUGUUGCUGUCUCUAUGGUGUUGCCUGGGGACCACAGUGUGCAUUUUGCCCUGAAAAAUCUUCCGAUGCUUUUGCUAUUUUGUGUAACCUGGGUAAUAGAGACAGCCUACGGGAGCAACCAGGCUUUGAAUAUGGACCUGAAUCGCCACAUGAGGGACCCAAUGGUUCACCGUACUGGGGUAACUAUGGCGUUUUGGGAGGUGAGACCUUCUAUGGAGCUGAAGGUCCUUUGAGUGGUUCCAUUGCAGGUCACUCAAAUGACUACAGCUCUAGAGAGGAAGGACCAGUACCUAUGCCCAGACUCAGAGAGCACCAGCCACCCCGCCGAAUUGACCCUUACAGAGACCAUAGUGCAGGAUUUGAGGGUUUACAGGCAGAAGAAUGCGGCAUCUUGAAUGGCUGUGAAAAUGGCCGAUGUGUCCGUGUACGAGAGGGCUACACAUGUGACUGCUUUGAUGGCUAUGAACUAAACUUAAGCAAGAUGGCGUGUAUUGAUAUAAAUGAAUGUGAGGAUAUCAGUGACAAAGUGGAGCUGUGUAAGAACGGAGUGUGUUCCAAUACAGAGGGAUCAUACAAAUGCACUUGCCUGCCAGGAUUUUUGGCUUCUUCUAAACCCCACGAGUGUAUCCCAGAAGACAAUGACUCUGUUGCCCAGACUGUGGGAUAUUGAUGCUCUCUCUCACUCAUUCACUCUCUCUCUCUUUCUCUCUCUAUCUGUCUCUCUCUCUCUCUCUCUCUCUCUCUCUCUCUCUCUCUCUCUCUCUCUCUCUCUCUCUCUCUCUCUCUCUCUCUCUCUCUCUCUUCCCUACAUCAUUUCUCUAAAUGACUGACACUAAACCUGCAUCAGUGAAGCCGAGCCAGCUGAGCUCCAAACAUACACACACACUGACAUUUACACACAAAUACAAGCCCUUUCCAUCUUGUACAUAAUGAUUGCUUUUUAAAGAAAACAAGUUGAAGUGUGUCUCGGUUUUUGAUUGGUUCUCGAGCAUAAAGUGAUAUGCACAGCUUUCUGAAUGUUACUCAAAUGGUGAUUACAUGUACUUCAUUUAGAAUUUAUACACAUACAGUAACUUGUUAUCGGAGGUCAUUCCAGCUCAGGAUUGUGGGUCGAGGCUUCAUUGACAGGGUUUGGGAUUGUUGUACAGAUCUAGUACUAUGUAUUUAAUUUGGUUUGUUAUAUAUUCUAAUAAACUCAUUCAGUACACUCAAUAUUUUGUUUGAUCAAAAAAAAAAUACAAAAAAGAUACAAAAAAAUAUGAUUAACCCUGUAGAUUUAUAGAUCUCUGUACAAAUGUUUUGUAGCACUAUCUUUUAUGUAUGGAAAAAAAAGGUUUACACUGUAUCAGAUAAAGUGUAUGUAUCCUGCCCUGUGGAGCAGACUAUGAAAUGUUAUUUUAUGGAAUGAGUGCACUUUUUAACUAACGUUAUGUGGUGCCUUCAAUCCAGUGAACACCUAGUUCAGCAACACAUUAAUGUGUGUCACAUUUGCUUGAUAAUUACAUAGUCUACUUUGAACUGAAAUACUUGCAUCCAUUAUUGCUGGCUAGACAUUCAACAGAUUUAAAGUUGCCUUAAAGACAAUGCAAACCACUUUUAAACGAAAUAUUAUUUCCUGCCGUUGAGCAAUAUGACAUGUAUACUAUAACACAUUAAACAUUUUACUACUUGGAUUAUAGCAGCCUGAAUAUUACAGAACAGCAGAUAGACAAAUUAUUAUUGAAAUACAUUUGUAAUAAAUAGUAGUGUUAAGCUACAGUGAGCCACCAGAACAGCUUCAAUGAACCAUGGCACAGAUUCUACAAGUUAACUAGAACUGUGAUGAACACCAUUUCUCUGAAAGGUGUUUCUUUCGUUUGUUGUUUUGAAGAUGGUGGGAUAGAGCACUGUUUAACAUCAGCCUCUAAUCAGGAUAGAGAUGUUUCAGCAUAGAAUAAAGGUGAUCUGUCAGAAUCAUGUGGUAUUGAUGUGCAACGUGAUGUUCACUCUAACCGAAUAGCUGGAUCCAAACCAUGCUCGCAAACUACCGCACACAGCAUAACUCUUUUUUUCCCUUUAAUAUGGCACCUGUCUAUAUAUACCAACAUCACUUGAUAGAAACUGAUGAUCAUUUCUCCAUAUAGAAAAAGACAAAUUAUAUGUGUCUGUACUCGCUACCAUUUUCAGUGGAGUCUCAAUGGACACUGUGCAACCCGUGCUCGGUUUAUGUAUUGAAAAGAAGUCUCCAUCACCUUUAAUUUUUGGUAUUUUGGAAGGCAAUUUUAAACUUAUGAAGAUGGUUACGAGUAGGCUGUAGGAAUGAGCCCUUAUUUUGGUGGUCCACCCUGUUUUGUUCAUUCCAUUUGAUUACCUCUGACUGUAGUUGUUUCCGGACAAUAAAGUCUGAAAAAUGA